CCUGCCGGCGUUCAUUGCUAGGCGAAUAAAAGAUUCAAGGCCAUUAAGACCAACUAUCGGAAUCACUGCCGAGAUGAUGACAUUUGUACGUAGAUUCUUUGCUUGAGAGUGUUCUUGUUCUAUGGAACUGUAUGAAGGAAUAAAAGUUUUGUUGAUGAAGAGAUUCUUAAUCCUCAUUGAUGAUGUAUGGGACACAAAAGCAUGGGACUAUUUACAUAUGUGCUUUCAGGGUAUUAAAAAUGGUAGUAGAAUAAUCCUAACUACCCGGCUCUCUGAGGUGGCGCAAUAUGCUAAAUGUGAAAGUAAUCCCCAUGAUCUUCCUUUACUGAGAGAUGAUGAGAGUUGGAAGUUAUUACAGAAAAAGGUUUUCCAUGGAGACAACUGCCCAUCUGAACUUGGAGAUGUGGGCUUUCGGAUAGCAAAAAGUUGUGGCGGAUUGCCUCUCUUCAUUGUGCUAGUAGCCGGUGUUCUGAAAGAGAAAAAUAACAAAGCAGAUUUGUGGAAAGAAGUAGAAGAAAGUCUAGAUGCACUGAACAUCGAUAGCUUGGAAGAGAGCAUGUCGAUAAUUGGAUUCAGUUACAUGAAUUUACCACAUCAUCUGAAGCCUUGCUUUUUGUAUUUUGGAGGAUUUUUGAGGGGCAAAAGCAUUCACGUCUCGAAAUUGACAAGGUUAUGGUUGGCAGAAGGUUUCGUACUUGAAAAUAAGGAAAAAGGACUAGAAGAUGUUGCACAAGAUUUCUUGAAAAACCUUAUUAGUAGAAAUCUAGUCAUGGACAUGGAGAAGAGGUUCAAUGGCAAGUUGAAAAUGUGUCGUGUUCAUGAUCUAUUGCACAAAUUCUGCUUGGAGAAGGCCAAACAGGAGAAUUUUCUGCUCUGGAUCUAUAGGUACAAAAGAACUAUAUAUACUACUCACUCUGUUUCAAUUUGUAUUGGAUUUGGAAUCAAUCAACAUUGGUUAUACUUGGAGGUUCUAAAGUUACUAAACCAAGCAUUUGAAGGAGUUCAGUGGAAUGUGAAUGAUACAGAGUUCCCUGAACUCAAAUACUUAAAAUUGGACAGCCUCAACUUUGCUCAAUGGUCGAUUUCUGAGGAUUCGUUCCCUAGUCUUGAACGAUUGGUUUUAACAAACUGUAAGAGGCUUGAGAAAAUCCCUUCUCAUUUUGAGGACGUUGUUUCUCUAAAAAGCAUUGAAGUAAAUUGGUGCAGCUGGUCUGUUGCUAAUUCAGCAGAGGAAAUUCAAACAACGCAACGUGAAGAUAUGGCAAAUGAUGAGUUCACAGUUACUAUACAACCUCCUGAUUGGGAUAGAAUAUCAUCUCCUUGA